AUGAUAGAAAAUGCCUUCACAGACAUUGGAGAACAAUAUAAGAGAAAAAAUGAUUUGCUUGAACAACAAUUGGUGGGAGGGAAGACUCGAGCUGCAGCAACAUCACCCAAUACCCACGAAGUUGAUGUUAUGAAAGAGUGUUUGAAGGCUUUACAUGCUUUGGGUAUUGAGGGAGCUGCAUAUGGAAAAGCAGUGAAGGCUUUGCAUGACUCUGCUUUAUAUAGAGAUAUAUUUUUAGAUAUGUCUGAUGAAAGGAAAAAAGAUUGGAAAAGAGAGGCAUCACUUGUAUUCAAAGUUUCAAAUAACAACAACAAGAAUACUAAAGGAACAAAUAAUAUAUGCAUAGAUUGUUUGGUUGGCAUCACUUCAGUCUCCCUUCCUUCUUCACUCACUCCAUCUCUCAUGGCUUCCUUUCUUCAUCUUCUCUUUUGUCUUUCCUUUCAUUGUUAUUUCCUUAUCACUCUAACUUCCUCAAACCCAAUCCACACACAUUAUGUUGUUUACAUGGGAAGUUCUUCAGAUGGAAACAGCGAUGCUUCGGAACAUUUGGAAUUGUUAUCUUCUAUUAUUCCAAGCCAUGAGAGUGAGAGAAUAUCUCUUAUCCAUCAUUUCAGAUAUGCUUUUAAAGGAUUUUCUGCCAUACUCACAGAGAAAGAAGCUUCUUUGUUGUCUGGUCAUGAUGGUAUUGUCUCCAUUUUCCCGGAUCCAAUUCUUCAACUCCAUACAACGCGUUCUUGGGAUUUCUUGGAAGCAGAAUCAGGCGUUCGUUUUAGCCAUAACCAUCAACAGCAUGUAUCCAGUGAUGUUAUAAUUGGAAUCAUCGAUACAGGGAUAUGGCCCGAGUCUCCGAGUUUCAACGACAAGGGGAUUGGGGAAAUUCCUUUAAGAUGGAAAGGAGUCUGUAUGGAAGGUUCUGACUUCAACAAACUUAACUGUAAUAGGAAGUUGAUAGGAGCAAGAUACUACAACAUCCCACCAAAAUCGAUCGAUAACAAGACCACAACCCAUGAACCUAAUAUUGCUGGAUCACCAAGGGACCCUGUAGGUCAUGGAACUCACACCUCCUCUAUUGCUGCUGGUGCUUCCAUUGCCAAUGCAAGUUACCAUGGUCUGGCCCUUGGCACGGCUAGGGGUGGCUCACCUUCGACAAGGAUUGCCUCGUAUAAGGCAUGCUCACAAGAAGGUUGCUCUGGCUCUACCAUAUUGAAGGCAAUUGAUGAUGCAGUCAAUGAUGGAGUUGAUAUGAUUUCCAUCUCUAUCGGGAUGAACGCGAUCUUCCAAUCUGAUUAUCUCAAUGACCCUAUAGCCAUUGGAGCGUUUCAUGCCGAACACAUGGGAGUUUUGGUUGUUUGUUCUGGAGGGAAUGAUGGACCUGAUCCUUACACUAUUGUUAAUUCUGCUCCAUGGAUCUUUACAGUUGCUGCUUCUAAUAUUGAUAGGGAUUUCCAAUCUACUGUUGUUCUUGGCAAUGGUCAAACUUUCCAAGGUUCAGCCAUUAAUUUUUCGAACCUCACUCGCUCGAAGACUUAUCCACUUGCCUUUGGAAAGGAUGUCGUCGCAAAGUUUACCCCUAUAUCAGAGGCCAGGAAUUGCUAUCCGGGAUCAUUAGAUCCAAGUAAAGUAGCAGGCAAGAUUGUUGUUUGCAUAGAUACAGACAUAAAUAUUUCAAGGAAAAUCAAGAAAUUGGUUGUAGAAGAUGCUAAAGCCGAAGGACUAAUUCUAAUCAAUGAGUAUGAGAGAGGUGUGCCUUUCAAUUCAGGCGAAUUUCCGUUUGCAGAAGUCGGAAACAGUGCAGGGUUUCAGGUUCUUAAAUAUGUCAAUUCUACCAAGAAACCAACAGCGACAAUCCUUCCGUCGGUCACUGUUCCACGGUACAAACCAGCACCAGCAGUUGCAUAUUUUUCUUCUAGAGGCCCUGGAGGGCUUACAGAGAACAUACUUAAGCCUGAUAUCAUGGCUCCGGGCGUAGCCAUUUUAGCUGCCAUGAUUCCAAGACCAGAGGGUUUUCUGAUUGAAAAAAAGCCAUCUAAAUUUGGCAUAUUAUCUGGGACAUCAAUGGCUUGCCCUCAUGUCACUGGGGCUGCAGCAUUUAUAAAAUCCGUGCACCGCCAGUGGAGCUCAUCCAUAAUCAGAUCAGCUCUCAUGACCACAGCAACUAUUUAUAACAACAUGAGGCAGGCCGUAACAAAUAGCUCAGGACAGUUAGCAAGUCCACAUGAGACCGGGGUCGGAGAAAUAAGCCCUCCAAAAGCACUUAACCCUGGAUUAGUUCUGGAGACAACCACAGAAGACUACCUUCAAUUCCUUUGUUAUUAUGGCUAUCCAGAGAAAACCAUACGAUCCAUGUCGAAUUCUAAAUUUAACUGCCCUAAGACCUCUUAUGAAAGUCUCAUCUCUAACAUCAACUAUCCAUCAAUCUCUAUAGGUAAGCUUGAUCGACAUCAAGCUUCUUAUAUGAUCAAAAGAACCAUAACAAACGUGGGAUUGCCAAAUUCCACAUACAUUUCUAGGGUGCAUGCUCCAGCAGGCUUGAUGGUGAAGGUUCUACCAAAGAAGAUUGCUUUUACUGAGUAUAUAAGAAAGGCCUCAUUCGAAGUCUCAUUUAAUGCCGCGAAAGCUUCUACUGGUUACAAUUUUGGUUCUAUAACGUGGCGUGAUGGCCAACAUUCUGCCCGCAUUGUGUUUACAGUGAAUGUUGAAUAAUCAAGAAGGGCAAAAUAAAAAUGGUGUUGGAGGUUUUGGAAAGGUAGAUGUAGGGGACAGGCUUGAUGCUUGGUUUACUGUCAUAAAAUGCAUC